AACAUGCAUCAUAUUUUUUAAGGUCUUGAUUUUGAAAAUAUUUUACAUUGACAUCUUGCAUAAUCAUAAAAUAUUGUUAUGGAAGGGCGUGGAAAACAAUACGUGCAUAUGAUAUAUACAUGGGGGCUCAACAUGCAGAAGUCCGAAAAGUAGACAUUUCUAUUUAUAUCAAUGUGUGUAUAUAUAUACAUAUAUAUAUAUAUAUAUAUCUAUAUAUAUUCAUCAUUCUAAUAUAUAUUUCCCAGAACAUAAAGCCAACACUGAUAUUAUUAGCGCUAUUCCGAAGCCGUGAACAGAACAGUAUUUAUGCAGGAUGUUCCACAAACUUUGGACUCGAAACAUAAUAAUAGAACUACAUGAGUAUAUAACUCGAGUUAUAAUAAUAUAUUAAUAUACUUGAGUUAUCAUAAUUGAGCCAUAACACAACUGCAGUCCUAAAUUCAGAAUAUUGGAGUUAUCUGCAUAAGUGGGUCUCUUUCAUUUUUACGUUCUUGAACACAAUAUAUACAAAUAAUUCUCUUUCAUAUACACUUAUGUACACAUAGACACACAAACACUGACACACACAAGUCUGUAUUGUGCGAAAUCAUAGCCUUUGUACUGCACUUCAUACAUCAUUUCCAGGACUAUUCAAAUGUUCACAAAGACAGAUUUGUAUCACAGAUUGAUAGAAAGAUGGAAACUAGUGACAUGUGUCGAAACACAAACACAGGAGUUGAAGAUUAUUACGUUUGUCUAGGGGUGGAAAGGGAUGCGACUAUGGACGAGAUUCGUAGAGCAUACUUGCGCAGAGUAGUUGCCACUCACCCUGACAAAAACCCUCUACGCUAUGAAGAAGCUACAACAGACGAGUUUCUGCGAGUACAAGAAGCAUACCAUGUGUUGAUAGAUCCUGCUCAACGCCACGAUUACAAUGAAGAGAGUCAUUCAGUGGGCCAAGACUUUCAAGAAAGCCCCAAUCCAGCAAAGACCAUUGGCGCACACGCUGAAAUAGUAUCUAAACCUUCAGAUCAGUUAAUGGGAAAUAGUUGUAAGGUUUUCACAACAAGGUCGACAACUGGGAAAAGUUUAAGUGUGGGUAUAGGUGCUACAGGAUUAGUUGUUGGCACUAGUUCUACAAGAGGAAGCGAUAAGUUGGAGAAACCAAUUACAAGCACAAGAGGUGGAACGCAAAACCCUAAGAAGUUGGAGCAAAUUGACAAGUUCUCAGGUCUGGCCAAGUUUGGCUUGGUGGUUGGACCUGGACGUCGUUAGGUCUUGGCAAGUCGGGACAACCUACACCUGAAGUCGAUCAUGGCGACAUUAUUUUCUUAAGCUUAUUUCAACCUGAUGGGUUCCCUAUGACCA